UAUAGCGAUGCAGUUCACAGUGACGCAUCCACCCAUCAGCUGUUUUUGUUUUGUUGUGUGGAUAUUGGAAGUUAAUAACAUGAUAACCACACCGUCGACUGACUAAAGUGAAACAGCUCCAUUAGAAGAGUGUGAGCGUGGCGCUUGGAGUCGGGGGAGCAGAGGAGGGGAAGCGGGUUCCGGCGGGGAUCGACCCGAGCCCAAGGCCUCCGACCUCGGCCGGCGAGUGGAGAGGGAAUCUAGCGUCCCGGAUGGAGUCCGAGGAAGUACCGGACGGCCCCGCAGUGCACCGAGGUUUCAUCUGUGCCUCGUUUAACCAGGACACCACCUCCCUGUCUGUGGGCACCAAAACUGGCUACCGGCUCUUCUCUGUAACUGCUGUGGACAAACUGGAUUGCAUCCAUGAGGGAGUGGAGUGUCCAGAUGUGUAUAUUGUGGAGCGUCUAUUCUCCAGCAGUCUGGUGGUGGUGGUCAGUCUGUCCAUGCCUCGGCGGAUGAACGUUUACCACUUCAAGAAAGGUACAGAGAUUUGUAACUACAGCUACUCCAACAACAUCCUCUCCGUCAGGCUCAACAGACAGCGGCUGGUGGUCUGCCUGGAGGAGUCGAUCUACAUCCACAACAUUAAAGACAUGAAACUACUCAAGACCCUUCUCAAUACACCCAUCAACCCCUCAGGUCUCUGCGCUCUCUCUGUCAACCACAGCAACUCGUUCCUGGCGUACCCUGGCAGUGCCACCAUUGGAGAGAUCACAGUCUACGAUGCCAACAACCUGACCACUCUGACACUGAUCCAGGCCCAUGACAGUCCUCUGGCAGCCCUCACCUUUAACUCCUCUGGCACCAAACUAGCCAGCGCUUCAGAGAAGGGCACUGUGAUCCGAGUCUUCAGCGUCCCUGAAGGACAGAAACUGUUUGAAUUCCGCAGAGGGAUGAAAAGAUAUGUAAGCAUCAGUUCAUUGUCCUUCAGUGCAGAUGCUCAGUUCCUGUGUGCCUCCAGCAACACUGAGACGGUUCAUAUCUUCAAAUUGGAGCAGCACAGUCCCAGUCAAGAGGAGGAGUCUCCUACAUGGUCAGCGUAUGUGGGCAAAAUGUUCACAGCAGCCAGCACCUACCUGCCUGCCCAGGUGUCCGAUAUGAUGCAUCAGGACCGAGCCUUCGCCACAGUACGACUCAACAUGUUUGGUCUGAAGAACAUCUGCGCCCUAGCUACGAUUCAGAAGCUCCCUCGGCUGCUGGUGGCGUCCUCAGACGGGUUUCUCUACAUUUAUAAUGUGGAUCCACAGGAUGGAGGCGAGUGUGUCCUGGUCCAAAAACACAGGUUGUUUGAAUCCAGCGAGGAGCAGGUGGAAGAGAGCGAGGAGGAGAAGCAGGAGGAUGUCUCUCCUCAACCAGCAAGCCAAUCAUACGCCGCCACUGUGGCCCUCCCUUCCACCCCUCCUUCCUCCACCACUCUCAUGGGUUACUCUGAGGACGGUGGAGCCCAGAAGGGUGACAUCAUCCCAGAGCACGAAUUUGCAGAGGGCCCUGUGUGUCUGGAUGACGAGAAUGAAUUCCCUCCAGUCGGCAACUAGUGUAACUGACCAAACCCUGACCCCCUUCCUGUUAAACAUCCAAUCCCUGCAUAACAAUCAGACUUACUUGUUUAAUGCAGAGGCAAUGGACUAAAAUAUUCCUGUGUUGAGAUGUUGUGGUACCCCCACCUUUCCACACGUACCUCUGCUGGCCGAGGGUCAAAUCUCGCCAAGAUGUUACUUCCUGAUGUUUCUGUAAGCGUCCCUGUCCUUUUUUUGUAAAGAAUUAGGAAAAAACACUAAAAUAGAGUGUAUGGUCCACUUAUCAUUAACAAUACAUACAUACAACAUGUUAAGAGCUUUUCUCAGACAGACUCAAAGUCUAAGAGUCCCACUGUUAACUUCUACAUUACGCCCUUUACUAACAGUGUUAAAUCUUUUUAAGAAUGCCGACUGUGCACACGAGCAACCCUGACAGUGACAGUAUAGUUGCUAAUUAAUUUCAUGGUAGCAGCCUGAUGAAGACAUGGUGGGUUAUCAGAAGACUGAAUUUAACAAAGAAGUUGAGGAGACGACAGGUGAACGUGACCUUCAAGCUGGUUCAGAGUAACCAGGGUCCAGGCUGACAAAAAAGCUCUUAGGAGAGCUUCCAAAACUGCAAAACACUCAUUUUCUGCAGUUUUUAGAGAAGCUUAUGGCAAAUACAUGAUAAUAUGAUCAAAGCAGUCAAGUUACAUGACACUAUGUUUUCAUUUCUGUCACCUUAAACUCUAAAAUUCUAUGAGUGCAUUUUUGUCCAUCGGACCUUUGGAAUUUCUGAGCUUUUAAAUGGGCAUUAAACGUGUCGCACCUCAAGAGAGAGGAACAGCAACUCACUCAAGAAGGAAAAGAUGUUUCGAGUGUGACACCAGUUUCAAUCAUGAUGCAUGCAGUAUGUAUUUAGUGACUUGCAGAUGCAGCUGUCAUACUAACUGUGGUGGCGAUAGAUGGGGAGUAACAAAUGUAACCUUUUAAUUUAUCUCGGAGAGACGUCUGUGAGACGAGCAGUCAGCAGCUGAAUGUGAAAAGCUUGACGUGGGUAUGUACAUGACAAAGUUACAGGUCCUUGACUUUCAGAGAUAUCCUGAGGACCUUUUAUUUACUACAUGAUGCUGAAUACAGUUUGUUAACAUGCCAGUCGUAGUCAUUUUUACUUUGAUGUAUUAAAUAUUCUUUUGCAACAUGUUUUGAGUAUUACAUGUCAACGCAUAGACUUACCAUGCGUGAAUAUAUUUUGAGGAUUUUUACUGUGUGUAUAAUGUAUAUAUAACAUUUAUAUAUAGUACUGUUGUAAUAAGUAACUUGGUAAUACCAUUUGAUUUGCCAAAAGGUGGCGCUGAUAGGACACCCUUACGCUGCAUUGAGCUGUUCAUUCUGGGCAUUUAAACCAGAAACUGAUUAAAGCUGAGACAUGAUUCAAA